CCUUAUCAAGAUAACUUACAAGCCGUUUACAAAAAGGGCGAGAGGUCAUUGGACUUUGUUCUGAAGAAAUGACACUGGUGUUUUUAGCUGCUAUUUCGCUGUUUUUCUGCCUAGAACCAUGUGAAGGAAUUCUAGCCGUGUGCAAGAAGAACUCGCAGUUCCUUUGCAAUGAUGAACAGCCAACAUUCCUUGUCGGCGCCAAUCAGGCCUGGUUUAAUUAUGCCACUGGUGACUUCGGAAAUCGACUUUAUUUUACAAUUUCGAUGAUACCUCUCCAGACUUACCUCACCACACUUAAAGCUGCGGGUGGAAAUUCAAUAAGAUUGUUCCUGCACAUCGAGGGUCAGGGUACUCCGAUGUUUGGUCCGGGUGGUACUGUGAUUGGAACCGACCUUCAGCAAUCCUUGAUUCCAGAGUUGAUGGAAUAUCUGAAAUUCGCUCACAUGAACCAGAUUUUCGUGUUCAUAUGUCUCUGGAAUGGAGCCUAUGUUACGCCUGUCAUUAAUGAAAGACUUCACGGCUUAAUUAAAGAUGAAGUCAACCUACAGAGUUACAUUCUCACAGCGCUCACUCCAAUAGUGACUGCUGUAAUGAACGAGCCGGCGAUGGCGGGUUGGGACAUCAUUAAUCAACCGGAGGGUGUGAUGAAGAGGAAUGUGACGGACAAGAACCCCUGCUGGGACAACACGUUUCUGGAGCUCAAGUCUUCUGGUAGAGCCAUCGGUUGGGCCAAGGAGCUGUACACUCCAAAAGAAAUUCAAAGAUUUAUUAAUCUCCAAGCUUCUGCUAUUCGUAAACUGUACAAAGCACAAAACAAAGAGCCUCUUAUAACUGCCAGCUCUUUCAACAUCAUCACCAAUACAUUCCAAUGGAAUUGUAAGAACCUCUACCACGACUACUGCCUUAACAUUUCCGGUGGCGCUGAUGACGGCUACCUCAGUUUCUGGUCUACGCAUUCAUUUGAUAUUAAAAGUGAAGGCAGAUAUGAAGAUUGGGCUCCAUUUAACCACUAUUACACAGAGUACCAUAUGGGAGGGGACCAUCUCCCUCCCCGACCCCUUGUCAUUGCUGGAUUUAACCAGGUGCGAGGGCGACCGCACUCCAAAUGGGACAUUGUGAAACAGUUCAAUCACCUGUAUUCCAAUGGCUAUUCUGGUGGCUGGACUUGGCAAAUGAAUGCACAGGGCCCGGAUACGGAUGACUGGAUAACACAAGCGAAAGGCAUCAGUUCACUUUCAGGAAAAUAUGGGGUCACAGUGGGGCCCUUCGGAGCGCUCAGUAGUCCCUUGGGAUCACUGAUUCCGAAGAAUCUGACUAUACCUGCAAGUCCUGUGGGAAAAUAAAAUUUAAAAUCUUUAACUUACAAUAAGUGGUUGGAAUUGUUUUAUAUGUUUUAACCAAAGUGUCAGACAAGGUGAUUUGUUUGAAUUAUAUACUAGUAUGGUACAAUGCAGAGAUGUACAUGUGCAUACAUGUGUCGUGAAAACAAACUUUUAUUUGCAUUGUCUCUAAAUGAUUGCAAGUCAUGGAUUAAGGAGGCAUUCCACUUAAUUCGGAUUUAGAUACAUGUACAUUAUUGUGUUAUUAUUUCUGCAUAGGGUAAACAAUAAGGUGUCAUAAAUGUGUACGUUUCACUGGCGUUUAAUUCUGUAACAAAGUUCAGAACAGAAUCAAGCGCCUGUAAGCGUACAUAUUCAUGUCGAAAUUGAGUUAUUUUAAGUCGUAUAUUCUUAAAGAAAAGAUCUUAGGUGCAUAAAUCAUAUAGAACGAAAAGUUUGUUGAUGGUAUUAACUUCAAGAGAGUUCCUUUUAGAAAUUUAAGCUUUCAUAAUAAACUAGUUCAAUAAAGCUAAUGAAUUCUCAGAGUUAAAUUUUAAACAAAAGUAAAAGUCCCAUGUUUUAUUUUAUAUUUGGCGAAUGGCCAGAAAAAUUAUAACCAAAUGUUUGCCACGAUAAAUAGUUUCGUAUAUGAGUGUAAUGAACUGAGAGGACCCACAGAUAAGGUACAUAAUUAUGUAAGAGGUAUCGGUAAUACCAUAAUGUAGUAUCAGCGCUCAUUAACAAACUAUUGUGUCUAUAGUCCACAUUGAGAAUGAUCGUAUACUGCCUCCUUGUCUUUCUGAGUCUUGUAGCAGCUGACCAUGAUGAUAACAGCUGCCAUGACUACAGCUGCACAAACAAUAACGUAGCUGCUUUCGAUCCAUUUAGAAAAGAAUGCUAUUGCCACUGUGUAGACGAAAGUAGUUGCAGUCAUCUGAAUUGCCCACAUCCAUACUGUUCGCAGUUUUGGAUUUUCUAUAAAUGCCAAUGCGGGGAAUGCAACACAGACAGUCAUUGCCACUGUGCGGGCGGAGAGACGCCAAGAUGCAUCAAAGACGUGUUCGGUGGUCACAACUGCCACUGUGACCCGGCACCAGUUACCACGACGAUUUCUCCUAAAACUACACAGAAACCUACCACUACCCAACAACCACUGGUAAAACUGGAAUGCCACCACCGGAAGAUCAGCGUCAUCGAGUCCAUCGCAGAGAAUCUCCACGUAGAGGACAGCAGGGCAGCGCUGUGUCCCCGUACAACCAAACACCAGACGCCCGAGGCCUUCGUCAUCAACAAGUGUAACUCGACGGCAAAAAGUUCUUGGUCUCAAGGCCUAUCUAUAAAAGCUAUAUGUGACAACAAACUCCCACAUUUAGAGGCGUAUACACCCAUUUCAACAUUUACACCAAAUGGAGAAUAUUUGGCCGGGUUUUUCAUCGCUUGCAACGAUAGAGGAUUUAAGAUGGCGGCUCAGACAUGUACAGAAGCACCAAUGAUCAUCAAUAUUACAGAUUUUACCAGACCGCAUGUCAGCGAUUUUUACACGAUAUUAUCAUAACAAACAUAAUCUGAAC